CUUUGUAGAAGAUUAUGAAACUUACAAAAGUUUGCAGCAAAUAGGGCUCCUAUUUGUGAAAACAAAACAAAACAAACAUUGAAGACCAAGAAAUCAGCAGGAAGUCACAGAGUGACUGCAGCAGUUUCCUCUGUUUUCAGCUUGUGUUUCACUUUGGCCAACAAGCAGGAGCAGCCCAGAGCAGCUACAUCAGGUCACAAAAGCAUGUUUAGGCCACCAGGCUAAGGUGCUUAAUUAUUUUUAGUCUACUACUCACCAUCAUGAUUCAUUGUUUUAGGGGGAGAAAAUCCCACAAAAAAUUGUUUUGUUCAGUUGCAAAAAGAAUAAAACAACAAAAAGCAAAGCAAAGAAAACAUUAAAUUAUCACUUUCUAAACCAUUCAUUUUUUUAAUAUUUAAAAUUACAUAAGUUACCAAUAUUCUAUUCUAUUACAUAUUUGUUCUUUUAUGCGACGUCUGUUUGUUUUUCUUUUGCUUUCAAGCCGAACAUGACUCUACUCUCUGAUUGGCCGAGCGGCCUGUCAAUCUUUGACGUAGCGGCCAAUGGCAGGAGCCGGCAGGCGAUACAAACUAGCAGCCGCCAUGUUGUGUCUCCGGGGGCCUCGAGGGACGUCCGGUAGUAAACAGUAGAUGACGGUACCGCCUGUUCGGCAGCUCUCAGGAACGGGACCGCAGCUGGAAGCUAUGAGUCGUCCGUCUUCAGCCGGAGGUGGGGGACUCGGGCCGGAAAAGCAGGCGGGGAAGCACGGGGGAGCGGGAGGCGCCUCUGCUGCCGUAGCAGCAGCCGCCGGCGUGAGCUCCGUGGCCGGGUCGGGGUCUGUUCCCCCUUCCUCCACCGUGUCCAUGCCGGCUACCGGCCUCGCCGGACAGUCCUCGGAGCUCACAGCGCUAUUCGAGUGCCCGGUAUGCUUCGACUACGUCCUGCCGCCUAUCCUGCAGUGCCAGGCGGGUCACCUGGUCUGUAACCAGUGUCGUCAGAAGCUGAGCUGCUGCCCGACCUGCCGAGGCCCGCUCACCCCGAGCAUCCGGAACCUGGCCAUGGAGAAGGUGGCCUCCACACUGCCGUUCCCCUGCAAGUAUUCGUCAGCCGGCUGCCUGCUGUCUCUUCACCACAGCGAGAAGCCCGAUCACGAGGAGGUGUGCGAGUUCAGGCCGUACACCUGCCCGUGCCCAGGAGCCACCUGCAAGUGGCAUGGCUCGCUGGAGGCUGUCAUGCCUCACCUCAUGCACGCUCACAAGUCCAUCACCACGCUGCAGGGGGAGGACAUCGUUUUCCUGGCGACGGACAUCAACCUGCCGGGCGCUGUCGACUGGGUGAUGAUGCAGUCAUGUUUCAGCCACCACUUCAUGCUGGUGCUGGAGAAGCAGGAGAAGUAUGAAGGUCACCAGCAGUUCUUUGCUGUCGUGCUGCUCAUCGGCACCCGCAAGCAGGCCGAAAACUUCGCUUAUCGCCUGGAGCUAAACGGCAACCGGCGCCGACUCACCUGGGAGGCCACGCCGCGCUCCAUCCACGAUGGGGUGGCAGCCGCCAUCAUGAACAGUGACUGCCUGGUUUUCGACACCUCCAUCGCCCAUCUGUUCGCUGACAAUGGUAACCUGGGGAUCAAUGUCACCAUCUCCAUGUGCUGACUGAGCCGAGUGGCGCUUCCUGUCGAGGGAGGAGUUAAGGUGUUGCAGAUUACACCUUCUGACAGCCUCAGUUGGAGUCGUUUGAGGAGUUGACUCAAACAGUCAGCAGCAGCCCUUUGACCUCUUUGGUCAGCUAACGAUGGACGUGGGGCAGACUGUCCUUUGGUUACCUGUCUGGAAAAGAGGGCGUCACCUCGAGCACGGGGCCUCCAACACACUCCUCAAUGGAGAAAAGGUUCGACCGCAGCCAGGACGUCCGGGAUGGUUAGAGAUUGAACUCCCGAGGACUCGGUCCUCAUUGGUGGAAACAAACGCUUCUCUCCACCAAAGCAGCUCCCUCUUCCUGCGUCAGGUUAAUCGGCUUCCUGUCAGGCCGGCGUGUUCACAAUAUUCUGCUCUGAAGUUCUGGUGCUAUCAGUCCGAGUUUAUGUUCUUCACCAGCAGAGGCCAAAUACACCCCGACUGUUACAAUAUUGUAUAUACAAUAUACAAUAUAGUUAAUGGUUCAGUUAAUGGUUCAGGAAACGUUCUGAUAACGUUUGCAGUCACGUCUCAUUAUAGUUGUAUUACAGAGAGAUUCUGAACAUGUAGUUUGGUUCAUCAAUAAACGUCGGCCUCCGUAGUUCAGCCGUGGCUUCUUUAUUGGUUAAUGUGCAGAUUAUUUAUUGUUUUUGAGUUUUUUGCUGAAAGGAAAUAGAGAAUGUAAAGAUAUUUGCUUUAAUAUCACAUAUAACAAAGAAAUCAUCCAGUGUUUAUGGGACAGUGUUAAUGUUUUGGAAAAUGGAAAUUUCACUUAAAUUCUGAGUCUAACCUUGUUGCCAACAUACCAAAAAUAUUCAGGAAAUAUUAUUUAAGGUGAAUUUGACUUAUUACAUCUCUGUGCACUGAAGGAGUUAUUUUAAAAAAUCCACAUGUCCAUAGAAACAGUGUAAACAGGUUUAUUUCUGCUGUGAAAUUUUACUAUGAAAGAGGAUAAAUGUCAUUUUAAAACUGGAAUUUAAAGCAAAAAUAAGAAAUUAGACACUUUUAAUACGCGGAAAAUGUUUGUCUGACUUGUUGGUUUUCUUUGUCACGUGUCAGUGAAUUAAAAACUGUCAUUCUCAUUAUCAUUAGCUGUUUUCUCACACAUUUUUUUGACCUUUUUCAUCUUUAUUUGAUAGACUCGAUAAAGAAAGGAGCAGGGGCAGAGAGAGAAGGGGGAAGACAUGCGGCAAAGGGCCGCGGGUCGGGCUCUAACCCGGGCCGGCCGCUCUCAGCCAUGUGACAUGUGUUUUUAAUAUGUUAUAGAAAAUAAUCUGCAGGUUAAUCCGUCUGUCUUCAUAAAAAACCAGCAGAUGGUUUGAAAAUGAAACAAAUACUGUAAAAAAGCUCCACAGACCUCGAGUCAGCUGGUGGAAGAAGGCUGCCAGCAGUUCAGGUAUAGCAGAAUAAUGUGAACACCAACAUUCAGCUCAUCGUCUGAGAGGUUGCCGGUUCAGAUCCCUGCAGCUGCGGAUGGUGAUGGGCUCUCUGACUGGAGGUCGGCCUUUGACCUGAGCUGAGCUCAGUUAACCCUCAGACUUUCUGUAAUCUCUGAUAAAAGCAGUAAAAUGGAGGAAUAAUCCUCCCGUCCCUCCUCCUGCAGUCCGUUUAGCCGCCAGCGCCUUACUUUUCUACCGCUAACCAUCUCCUCCCAUUCACCCGCUUUCUGAGGGAGUCUUGAUGCUGAUGUGCUGUUUCUGGGAAACCUUCACACAGGAAAACGCAGCGAUAUGUUCAGAAGGAUGACGAGCUGCCCUUCUCAUGAAACCGUUGUAGCAACUGACCAGGAAGAUACCUCUGACCACAGACAUGUCUGUAACUGAACCGCAAAGCCCUCAGAGCUCGGCGGCGUUUCUGCUGUGUUCAUGAAGAUAAAGAAAAGUCCAAAAUAAGCCAAUUUCUUCCCGUCAUUCAUCUGAGUGUCUCAUCCAGCUCUGGAUUUUUCUUUAGAGAGUAGCUUUGUAUGAUUCAGAGUUACGUCUGAUUCUGAUUGGCUGACUUCUGGAAGCCUGUUGAGGCUUUUGAGCUGUAGGUAUUAGAUUUUUUUGUUCUCAUAGAAACACACCCAGCUCAACAUCUUUCAUACCUGUGUGGUGAUUAUCGUGUUUCUGUGGCGUGUUAACAGAAAACCACAAAUUUGAGCUAAUUUGUCAAACUUUAACAUAAAACUUGUCACAUCCCACAUUUACAGAGUUUAAAAGGUCAUAAUCCCAGGAGUCGUGUGGGGAGGAAAAAGGCUUAUUCUAAUAUAAAGACAGUAGAAACAUAGAGCAAACACUGCUUUCUCCAGGUGUGUUUACCUGGACACCAGUGUCCCAGUUUCAGGGUCCAUUUUUUCCAUUUGUGGAUCAUUUUGUGAUUUUAGAAAUCUGAAAGUGCUCGCUGCAGUUUCAUGGGAACCUUUGAUCACAAACAACGAGAGCAGGAAACAUCCUCUCGCUGUUGGACGAAGAAACACUUUUUACUCUUCAGCUGAACGUACGUUUACUUCCACAAAACAAAUAAGUUUUAUGGCACCAUAAGAAAAAUGUUGUUAGCUAGUGAGACACACACACACACACACACACACACACACACACACACACACACACACACACACACACACACACACACACACACACACACGAGUCCAAAAGUCUUGAGCCAACCCUCAUUUUUUCAUAUCUGAAUGAAGGUUUUCCAGCCUCUGAAUGCCAACGACGACUCCGAUUGAGUUUUAAAAGCCUUGGAAACGAAGCAUGAGGACGUACAGGGAGGUACACAACCACAUUAACACAAGCCGGGACGCCCGUGUCCACAGACACACACUGACCAAUAAUCACUUUCACGCCGCAGCCCGCCGACUUUCCAUGAAAUGUUUUGAGAUAUUGUACAUGAAGCUAAAGUGACAGUCUAUUUUCUAAAGAUUUUUUCCUCCCGCUGUUUUUUUGACAUGUAUUUGUGCUGCUGUUUGAGAUUUUCAGAGUACGUUUUCUAUGCUCACAGUGAUGUUUCUGUUGUAAAGCUCAGUUUGUGAUGUUUCUGUAAUAAACGGGUUUCUUUA